AUGAUUCAUUUUUAUCACACACUCGAAUUCGCAUCUCAGGAGGUUGAAAUAUUCAGAGUCAGUGUGGAUUUAAGUGCAGUUCGUGCUUUAGAGAUUGGAAGGGAAGUUGGAUUAAGGAGUGGCCCUUAUCGCAAUCCUACUGAGACAGAUAAGGCCGAAUCCAGUGAGGCAACAAAAAGUCCGGAAUCUGAGCAAAUUCCUCAGGGUUCUUAUCGCGAUCCUAUUGAGGCAGUUAAGGCGGAGUCCAGUGAAGAAUCAACAAGUUCGGAAUCUGAGCAAAGUUCAGAGGUUACAUUCUUCUCGCUUUGA